AAUCACAUAUCUGUAAGUGUCUCAGGGCAGUUUGAGAUUCUUCUCAUGUCCAGCUUGAUCGCAGUUUGAAGUGUUUGAAGCCUCUUUAGUACCCUACAGUAGGGUUUACACCAGAGCGAUAGGAUACACAUCUUUAGGUUGUAAGCGAUAUAUGAUAAUUGUCCUGUAAGGUAUACAACACUCAGACCUAUAACAAAUGUGAAGGAACAACAAAAUCAGUUCACACCUGUACGAUUGUGACAUGUGACGUAAUAUACAUGUAUCAAGAGACACGGCCUGCUUGUCUCUUCAAUCACACAGGGCGAAGGGUGUGGAUGGCAAAUUUAAAGAGUGAGAACAUUGGCUUUGUGUCUGGCUGGCUCAUGUAAAGUCGCAUCGAAGGCAAGAUGGAAGCAGUUUAUCUUCAAAAAAACAAGAUUCCAGUCAAUGAAAUAUCAGAGAACACCUCAUUGAAAUUGUAUUUUGAAGAAUUCUCCAAUAAUGUUAAGCAAAUUUGCAAUGUCCAGCACUUUGUUAAUUUACUGAAUGUGGAAAUGGAUUUAAGCGAAAGUGAAGUUCGAGCUCUUAAUAAAACAAUAUGCUGGACAAAAUUACGGGGAAAGCCUGGAAAAGUCAAUCAGUCCAAAGUCAUCCUUCCUGUUGAUGGCUUCAGGCAAGAUUUCAUUCUGUACGAUUUACCAAAGUCACCAAAACUCAAAUCCAACAUCUAUCUCAAGAAGAGAGCUGAAAAGGAUGCCGUCACUUUGAGAAACAAAAUCAAAUACUGCGGCGAACUUGAUACUGAAGACUUAGACAUAAAAAAACUGACCAAAAACGUGGAACUGCUAGAACCUUUGGUCAAUUAUGUGCUAACAGUGAGAAUAUACCUUCCGUGCAUGCACCCAAAGGUCUCCACAGGGAGAUCAAAGAGUGUGAGAGUGAGCCAGGAGUUUCUCCUACCGUCUUGUCUGACCCUAGAUCAUCUCCGAGAUAGAAUCGGCUGCCAUAGUGAUUUCCAACCGAUGGAAGGCGAUGUGAGCAAAGAACCGUUAUCAACUAGUCAAUACUAUGCAAUGGAUCAGUAUAAAUCAGGAAUGUUUUAUAUUGGAAACGUUUUCUACAUUGAUUGUAGGUUUGCUGGCAAUAUCGAUUACAGUGAGCCCAUUAGAAAUUGGGGUAAAAAGAGAGGGUUUGAUCUCAAUUUUGUCGAGCCGAUGGAAAUGACAAAAGUCGACCAGCUCUCAUUCCGCCUUGGCUACCCAUAUGUUUAUAUGCACCAAGGCGAUUGUGAACAUCUCAUUGUUUUUACUGAUGCAAGGCUUCUUAGCCCAAUGGACAAACUUAUCAAAACUUGCUAUCCUUUGUUAAAAAGCUUCAGCAAUCUUCGUGGUAGUUACUGCAUGACCUGCGGUGUGCGUAUUGCCAGAUACAUUGUAGUCGAUACAGAAAGGCUACCUUCAGAUUACUGCUACCUUUGCACUGUGUGCCUUUAUCUUUAUAAUUACAUUGAUGACGAGAAGGUCGAGGACUUCAAGGUUUACAAAUACAUAGAUAGGGUGGCACUUUUUUAAAUGAAGAUAGACCAAUUGUUGUAAAUAUAUAAAUAAAUGUUUACUUGUAAAUAUGUUAAA